AUGUGUAUUGACUAACCCAGCUGACAAGAUGGUGGAUAUCAAAGUUGUGAAGAUCCUGGUGAUAUUUCUACUGUUUGUGUUUACAUUGGCUCUCGGACUGUUACCGUUACUGAUUAUUCGUUGCAUAAAGACACAAAGUGCACGAGGAGUUAGUUUCCACAAACAGAUUUGUUACAAACGGACGUUAAGUAUACUGAGUUGUUUCCCAGCUGGUGUUUUCUUAGCCACAUGUCUGUUGGAGCUUCUCCCCGGUGUCAGGAGAGAUCUGGAAAUGGCACUGGAUGCUCUAAAAUUGAAAACGGAAUUUCCUGUUGCGGAGUUUUCUAUGGUAUUGGGGUUCUUUACUGUACUAACAAUUGAACAAACAGUUCUCAUUCUAAAGGAAAGAAAAUCAGAGCGUAUUCAAAUGAAUCAUCGCCAUUACGAUGACAGCAAGACACCACUUUUGAAUAAUGAAACCACAGACAUUCAUGUCGAAAACAGCGGAUUCAAUAAGUCCGUCGUAACUAACCAUGCAACCUCCGACACAAGUGACGAGCUCAACCGAGUUUCUAGGUCUCAAGCUUUGGACGGAGAAAAGAGCAACGAUAGUCAUAAAAUUUAUCUUCAUCAACAUUCCAGUCUCAGACCUGUGCUUUUGUUGCUUGCAAUAUCAAUCCACUCAUUGUUUGAAGGACUAGCAGUUGGUCUUCAAAAGAAAACAGAAUCUGUUCUGGAUAUAUUCACAGCCCUUCUACUACAUAAAGGAAUUCUCAGCUUCAGUUUGGGCAUGAGUCUGGUUCAGAGUAAACUUUCUAAGCCUGCAAUAAUAAGAUCUUUAUUCAUAUUUGGAUUAUCUGCUCCAGUUGGAAUUGGGAUUGGAAUCGGUAUAAUAGAUCUGUGGGAUUCAGAAGUUUCAACAUUUGUGCAAGGCAUUCUCCAGGGUAUAGCCUGUGGAACAUUUCUUUAUAUAACAUUCUUUGAAGUUCUUCCUCGUGAAUUCAGUUCGUGUGACAUAAGAUUAGUGAAAGUGAUCUUUUUAAUGGUAGGAUUUUUUAUAGUGACAGUAAUAAUGUUUCUGGAACUCGGGUAUGGUUAA